AUGUGUGUGUACGCAAUCUCGUUCUGAAACCGGCUGCGGCUUUCGAUUCGCGUCGCGUCGGACAACACAAGAGCAUCAGCAUCACGCGCCCAUCGUUUGCUCGCCUUUCCCCUCCCUCUCCCCCCUCGGCUUCCCCUCUCGGCUCCAGCAAAACUCCUCCAGUCCAGACUACACCCGGUUGGAAUUAGGCCCCACUGAGCGCCCCCAGCCAUGAGUUGCGGGAGAUCUGAAAACACUACCAGAAAAUGCAGGACGCGUUCAACACCUGGUGAAACGAUGUAUCUACAUACUGCAGAUGCUAAAAAGAUCACCCACUACCAAGCUAAUCUACCAACAACAAUGGAUCGCGAUAUCGGCGCCUACCCUGUGAAGCACCACUUUCCGUCUCCUAUAGUUUCUUGGAUAGAAGACCUUUCUAGCUUUGGCGAUGUUCCUUUUAGUCAUGAUACUGAAUACGUGGAUGAUCAAUCAACACCUUCAUUUGGGCAGUCUUCUGCAUCUAGCAAUUUGCAUGACAUGCAAAUAUCAGUGAGAUUGACAGACGAAUUCAUGGAACUUGCAAAGGAGAAUACAAGCAAUAAUCUAGAGACCUGUGGAAUUCUUGGUGCUUCAUUUAGGGAUGGAACUUAUUAUGUGACAACAUUGAUCAUUCCAAAGCAAGAAGGAACUGCUCACUCAUGUCAAGCUUCUAACGAGGAGGAGAUACACGCCGUAUUAUCAGAGCAGUCACUUUACCCUGCAGGGUGGAUACAUACUCACCCUUCACAAACAUGCUUUCUAUCGUCGAUCGAUUUGCACACUCAAUUCUCUUAUCAGGUCAUGCUACCAGAAGCUGUUGCCAUUGUUGCUGCUCCCACCGAUCCUACUAGGAGCUAUGGUAUAUUCAGGUUGACAGAUCCAGGAGGCAUGGAUGUGCUCAGGGAGUGCAGUGAGAGUGGGUUCCAUACUCACCGAGAGACGACGGAUGGCGGUCCAAUAUAUGAAACCUGCACCAACGUGCAUUUCAAACCUAAUUUGCGGUUUGAGAUUGUCGAUCUGCGUUCUGGUGCGUGACCAAUCCGGCAUACCCUCUGGCAUACUGUAAUAUGUAAGUAUGUGAUGUGACGCAUAUGCCAUAGAUGAUGAUAGAUCUUACCGGUGACUGUUGGUCAGCUUGAUGGGCGUGUUAAAAAAUGGUGUUACCAACCUAUGAUGUCAACUAUUCCCUCCGUCCCGGAGUAACUCUUAACUGGUCUGUUGUAAUGUGGUGUGCCUGAAAAAACAGACACGCUCGUCUAAUGUAUUUUAUGUACUACCCCCUCCAUUCGGAAAUACAAGUCUUUUUUUUAAGAUUCCAAUA